AGGCAGUGGGGGAGGGGCGCAAUGGAGGAGCCGACCUUGGCCUACCGGCUCGGGGAAAAGAGCGGUUCCCGGAGCCACUGCGGUGGGCUUGGGGCUGCAUCGUGCGAUGCGCCGGGCCCCCACGCACAGGCCAACGUGUUUCUGCUGCAGCGGCCGGCUAGGCCCGCUCUCCUGCCUCCUGGCGCUCUAACCGUUCUACCCACAGGUCUCUGCGGCUCGCCAUGUCCCUCAGCCUCUUCCGGCGCCUCCUCCUGGCAGUCCUGCUACUGGUGACCAUCUGGACCCUCUUUGGGCCCUCAGGCUUCGGGGAGGAGCUGCUGAGCCUAUCCCUGGCGUCCCUGCUGCCAGCCCCAGCCUCACCAGGGCCGCCCCUGGCCCUGCCGCGCCUCUUGAUUUCCAACCCCCAGGCCUGCCGUGGCCCCGGACCUCCUCCCUUCCUGCUCAUCCUGGUGUGUACAGCUCCGGAGCACCUGAACCAGAGGAACGCCAUUCGGGGGUCUUGGGGCGCCAUCCGUGAGGCCCGGGGUUUCAGGGUGCAGACGCUCUUCCUCCUGGGAGAACCUGUAGGACAGCACCUCCCCGACCUAGCCUCGGAGUCAGCAGCGCAGGAGGACAUCUUGCAGGCCUCCUUUCAGGAUUCCUACCGCAACCUCACCCUCAAGACCCUCAGCGGGCUGAACUGGGUGAAUAAAUAUUGUCCUAUGGCCCGCUACAUUCUCAAGACGGACGACGACGUGUAUGUCAAUGUCCCAGAGCUGGUGUCAGAGCUGAUCCAGAGAGGGGGCCCUUCAGAGCCAUGGCAGAAGGGCCAGGAGCCACAGGAAGAGACCACAGCUGUCCACGAAGAGCACAAAGGGCAGACAGUCCCACUUCUGUAUCUAGGCCGACUGCACUGGAGGGUGAACCCCAGUCGGACACCAGGGUCCCGGCACUAUGUGUCAGAAGAGCUGUGGCCAGAAACCUGGGGUCCUUUCCCGCCUUACGCCUCGGGCACAGGGUAUGUGCUGUCCGUCUCUGCUGUGCAGCUCAUUCUGAGGGUGGCCAGCCAGGUGCCGCCUCUACCUCUAGAGGACGUCUUUGUGGGAGUGAGUGCAAGGCGAGGGGGCCUUGCCCCCACACACUGCGUCAAGCUGGCUGGUGCCACCCACUACCCCCUGGACAGGUGCUGUUACGGGAAAUUCCUGCUAACAUCCCACAAGGUGGAUCCCUGGAAAAUGCAGGAAGCCUGGAGGCUGGUGAGCGGACUGGAUGGGCAAAGGACUGAGCCCUUGUGUUCCUGGCUCCAGGGACUCCUGGGUGUCUUGAGGUGCCGGUUCAUAGCCUGGCUCAGCAGCAGCUGAGAGCCAGGGGCCACAGAAAAGAGCAUCUCAGGGACCUGUGCCCCACAAUCAGUGUGCACAGGCUGCAGCUCCCUCUCUGUGGUGAUCUGUCUCCUCACAGCAGACUCUAAAGCCACCCCAGGCAAGGAGAGAUAGGAGACUUGGGGGGAGAGAUAGGAGACU